UAUGUUCAAUUGUCACCGUACGAGUUAAAGCAACAUGGCGGCCGGCAUUGGGGAAGCCAACGUGACUGUAAAACAAGAACCAGGAGAGUUUGUUGAUAUUGAAGCCAAAAUUAUAGAACUUUGCAAUGAAAAUCCUAAAGGAAUCACAGAUGGUGUUAUUUCAGAAUCCAUACCGGGGAUAUCUGUCCAACAACGUGUCAAGGCUAUCAAUCGUUUGCUUUCAACGGGAAAUAUUGAACUUCUAAAAAGUGGUGCUAAAUUGCUAUAUCGAUCCAAGGAUAGUUCUGCUGGGAGCAAAACAAGAGGAUUUGAUGUGGAAGAAAAGUUAAUCUUUCAAAUCAUAGAAAAUGCAGAAAACAAAGGAAUCUGGAUUCGAGACAUACGUUACAAGUGCAACCUCCCUAUGACACAAGUAAACAAAGUGUUGAAAAGUCUUGAAAGUAAAAAGUUGAUUAAAGCAGUGAAUUCUGUGUCUGCGGGUAAGAAGAAGGUGUACAUGCUGUACAAUCUUGAACCAGACGCAUCAGUGACGGGCGGUGCUUGGUACAGCGAUCAAGAUUUUGAAGCAGAAUUUGUUGACAUCUUAAACCAACAAUGCUUCAAGUUUCUCAAUCAAAAGUAUGAACAAGCACAGGAGAUGAAAGUGGAUCCCUUACUCAAACGCAACAGGUCUUAUGCUUCAUCGCAUGAAGUUUGGAAGUAUAUUGCAGAACUUGGAAUUAGCAAGGUGACGCUUUCGAUCCAAGACAUCGAGACUAUCCUCAACACGCUCAUAUAUGACGGCAAAGCAGAAAUGAUUAUUGUGUCCGACUCAUCAGCCGCUUCAUCUGAUGUGGGGAUAGUGCAGAAGAAACUAUUCCGGGCGUUAAAACCAUUGAUCCCGGUACCUGGUUUAAUGAGAGUACCAUGUGGUGUUUGCCCGGUUGUUAAAAACUGUUAUCCGGGGGGCAAAGUUUCACCGCAAACGUGUAUAUAUUUAAAAGAAUGGCUGGAAUAAUAGCCAGUGAAAACUUGGGUUUAAAUGAGUGCACCGGUUCAAGACCAAACGCGUCUGCAGAACAUCCGAUUCGGAUUAAAUGGAACUUUGGAGUCAUGGAGAAUGACUAGAACAGUUACCGAUUCAAGUCAAUAAGAGAAGAAAUAAAACAUUUAAAAGUGCAAUAUUUAUAAAAUAUUUCUUAGAAUUAUAAUUCUGUAAAAAACUAUACACAAAUGCAGUAAAAGACAUAAAUAGCAAAAUAUUGAAAACUA